GCACACUCGCACCGAUGCGCGGCUCCUGGGACGAGUCCACGACGGCGGCGCUGCACGCGCGCAUCCUGGAGGCGCACCGCGGGCCUGCGGCCGACCGCGCCGCCGAGCCUGCGCCCUGCGCCGACCCGCCGGCCGCAGCCACGCUGGCGCUCGAGCUGGCCGCGCCAACGCCGCUGCUGCCGCUGCCCACGCUCUCCUUCAGCGCGGCGCAGGUGGCCACCGUGUGCGAAACCCUUGAGGAGAGCGGCGACGUGGAGCGGCUGGCACGCUUCCUGUGGUCGCUGCCGGUGGCGCACCCCAACGUGGCCGAGCUGGAGCGCUGCGAGGCCGUGCUCCGUGCGCGGGCCGUCGUCGCCUUCCACGCCGGCCGCCACCGCGAGCUUUACUCCAUCCUUGAGCGACAUCGCUUCCAGCGCUCCAGCCACGCCAAGCUGCAAGCGCUGUGGCUGGAGGCGCACUACCAGGAGGCGGAGAGACUGCGUGGCCGCCCGCUCGGCCCGGUCGACAAGUACCGCGUACGCAAGAAGUUCCCGCUGCCGCGCACGAUAUGGGACGGGGAACAGAAGACGCACUGCUUCAAGGAGCGCACGCGGUCGCUACUACGCGAGUGGUACCUGCAGGACCCGUACCCCAACCCGACCAAGAAGCGCGAGCUGGCGGCGGCCACGGGGCUGACACCCACGCAGGUGGGGAACUGGUUCAAGAACCGGCGGCAGCGGGACCGCGCCGCCGCCGCCAAGAACCGCUCGGCGCUGCUGGGCCGCGGGUUCGCCUCCUCCUCCACCUACGACGAGGACUCGGCCGACUCCGAAAUCAACGUCGACGAGGAGUAACAGACACAGUGACACGUGAUACAGUUCCGUGGAUGUGGACGAACGUUGCAAUAUAGACACGUAUCCUAGUUAGAGUCACAAAGUCCGUGAUGUGAUGUUAAGCUAUCGUAAACCAGUUUAUUAGGAUGUAAUUCUGUCGUUGAAAGUGUAAAGCGAGUGCUUGAAGCGGUCUUCUGCGUAUCAGUAUCAGGUAUGUACUAUUGUAGUGAAAGUUCAAUUACUGUUGCCUUUUGAUAUAAACUUGUACAUUUGACAGACGCGCGAUGUUCUGAUAGAGACGCUUCGCAGAGAAGGUUCACAGGGUUAUUUUGAAUUUUAUCUCGAGUGUUAUGUUAUACUCUCGCCCUAUUGGGGUUUAUUUAAUGUUAGUUUAUUUAUUUCAUUUCGCGUCUAUAUUUAGUUUGUGUAUAGGUCAAAUAUUAGGUUUACUCGAUGGCUUUCCGCGAGAAGCAUUUACUUACCUAUUAAAUCAUAUAUCGAGCUAUUUUACCAGUAAAUAUUAAAUUUUAUUUAUCUUGUCAAGUGUUAGUUUUAUGUUAUAGUGAUUACGAUCUUGUAGAUAGUUAUAUGAAGGUUUGUACCUGACCACGUUUACACGAUCACUUGCCAGCUCUGUUAGUGAUACUUACUUUGUCUCGCUGUGAGGCAUAAUACUUUUAUUAUUAUAAAUUAUUUAUUUUGUACAACCGUUUUUGAAAAAUUAAAGAUAUUUAAAAUGCCGUGAUAAGCAAAGGAUUAAUUAUUUUCUUUAUUUAAGAAUACAUAAACAGCUCUACUUUUAUCAAAUAGGCCUAUUUGUAUUAAUAUUACAAACUUAAACAACCCAGUAGUUAUUAUUUUGCUUUUUAAUAGUGUUUAUAAAGUUUAUAUCUAUACGCUUUGUUAAACUCACGCAAUUUACAAUCAUAAAAUCAGUAUUAGGUGAUCAUAUGGGUACCUACCUACAUUGUUUUUACUAUUAAUGAUUUUACUCUAAUUAGUUUGUCAAUUCGACUUCAAAAUAGUAGGUGGUACCCGCUAUACAGCUGUAUUUGUAAAUAUGUAGGUAUAUUACCUACCAAAGAAUAUAAAAAAAAACUAGGGACUUAUUUUACAUGUUAAAUAUAUAUAU